GGCCUGCGCGGGCCGGGGUGAGGGGGUGUGCGGCGGGAAGAGGGACGCCGGGCUAGGCCUCGGGCCGGCGGGCCCCGCAGCAGCCGCGCCCAGCCCCCCUUCUCCCGCGCCCCUUGGGCCUCCCGCGCCCCCCCGCCCUGGGGUCUCCCGGGGCCUCGGGGCGGGACGGCGGCGCUGCGGGGCCGGGUCGUGCGCUGACCCCGAGGCUCGCCCGCGGGGCGGCAAGGCCCGGGCUGCCGGGACCGGGGCGUCUGGCCUAGGAGUGGGGCAUGGGCGGCCGCCCCCCCUUCCCGUGGGUGUCUCGCAAACGCCCCCCGGAUUCUGAUGAGAAAAUUUACCAGACUUGAGUUCUAUCUGAUUUCUACCAGAGCCAAUGAGUGAUCUCUACUGCUGCAUAAACUAUCUGUACUUUUGUAAUGAGGUGAGAAAACUGAGAUUCAGAAAGGUUAAAUGAUUUGUUCAGGAUAACGCAACAAUCUGCUUCAUCUUGAUUCAGCAGCAUUCCAAACUGUGGUAUCCUUGGGAUUCUCUUAACAUUGCUAUGGUGCAGAAGAUUUAAAAUCAGCUGAUGUUCACAAGGAAUAGAGUCACGUGAUGUAUGAAGGGAAACAUAUACACUUCUCUGAGGUUGACAAUAAGCCCUUGUGCUCAUAUAGCCCCAAACUCUGCAAGCAGCGGCGUCUCAACGGCUACGCUUUCUGUAUCAGACACGUUCUGGAGGACAAGACUGCCCCCUUCAAGCAAUGUGAAUAUGUGGCGAAGUAUAAUAGUCAGCGCUGUACCAACCCCAUCCCCCAGUCAGAGGAUCGCAGGUACUGCAAUAGCCAUCUGCAGGUACUUGGCUUUAUCCCGAAAAAAGAGAGGAAGAAAAAGAGUGACCCUAUAGAUGAGGUGAAGGUCAGGCACCCAGUGGACACCAUGGCCUUUAGCCUGACAGUGCCCACAUUGGCCUUGAAGAUGCCCAACGGACUGGAUGGCAUGUCCCUCUCUCCACCUGGGGCAAGGGUGCCUCUCCACUACCUGGAAACAGAGUUGGAAGACCCAUUUGCUUUCAACGAGGAAGAUGACGACCUAAAGAAAGGGGCAACUGUCAGAAAGAAGUUGCAGAGCAAGUUGGCCCAGAACCGGCAGCGCCAGCGAGAGACCGAGAUUUUGAAAGUUCGGCAAGAGCACUUUAGUCCCCCUCCUGCCCCUUCCCAGCAGCCUCUGCAGCACUCCCGCCCGUCACCUUCAUCCACCUCUUUAAAACCUCCAGCGCCACUGCAGGGUUCAGUCUGCAAGUCACCUCAACCUCAGAACACCAGCCUACCACUGCAGGGAGUGGCCCCCACCACACACACUAUAGCACAAGCAAGGCAGUUGUCUCACAAGAGGCCUCUGCCCCUCCUGCCAUCCAGUAGGGCUCCCAGCGCCGAUCCACCCAGGACUGACCAGGUCCUCAUGAAAGCCACCGCCUUCUCGCCACACUUCUCCUGUAUAAGUCAGCUGCAGAGACUGGUGAAACUGUGCACCCAGAAACAUCAGUUGGACAGUGAUCUGUUUCCCCAUUUAGGGCUGGACUGGUCUGAAGAGAGCGGAGAGGAGCAGGAGGACUCAGAGCAGGCCUCACCGUACCAGGUUGCGUGGUCCAUCCGAGAAACACUCAGAUAUGAAACACACAUGUCGGAUGACGAUGAUGCGGAGAGUAGGAGCUCCAGGGUGACCCAACUUUGCACUUACUUUCAGCAGAAAUACAAGCACCUCUGCCGCCUGGAGCGGGCAGAGUCUCGUCAGAAGAAAUGCCGGCAUACAUUUAGGAAAGCGCUGCUGCAGGCAGCCAGUAAAGAGCCUGAGUGUACUGGGCAGCUAAUACAUGAACUGCGGAGAGCUGCAUGCAGUCGAACCAGCGUCAGGCGGACCAAGUUGAAGGAGGUGGAGUCAGCAGCAUGCAGUGGAACGGUGAAGGGUGAACAGUGCACUAACAAAGUCCUUCCAUUCACUAGACAUUGUUUCCAACAUAUCCUCUUGAACCGCUCUCAGCAGCUCUUCUCCAGCUGCACUGCCAAGUUCGCAGAUGGGCAGCAGUGCUCUGUGCCAGUUUUUGACAUUACCCACCAGACACCUCUGUGUGAAGAACAUGCCAAAAAAAUGGAUAAUUUCUUGAGAGGAGAUAACUCCCGUAAAGUUCAGCACCAGCAGCAGAGGAAACCCAGGAAAAAAACCAAGCCUCCUGCACUUACCAAAAAACACAAGAAGAAGCGAAGGCGCGGACCUCGUCGACCCCAAAAACCCAUUCCCCCCGCCGUCCCCCAGGGGAACCUCAGCAUGCCCCCCAGCGUCUCACUGCCAGUGGAGGCCUCGCACAUCCGGAGCCCAUCCACGCCAGAGCUGAGUGCUGAUGAGUUGCCGGAUGACAUUGCCAAUGAGAUCACUGACAUUCCACAUGACUUGGAAUUGAACCAGGAGGACUUUUCAGAUGUCCUGCCCCGGCUACCUGAUGACUUGCAAGAUUUUGAUUUUUUUGAAGGAAAGAAUGGAGACCUCCUCCCAACGACCGAAGAGGCCGAGGAGCUUGAACGGGCUUUGCAGGCUGUAACCUCUCUUGAGUGCCUGAGUACCAUUGGGGUACUUUCCCAGUCAGAUGGUGUGCCAGUCCAGGAGUUGUCAGACAGAGGACUGGGAGUGUUCUCCACUGGUACUGGAGCUUCAGGAAUCCAGUCUUUGAGCCGAGAAGUGAACACAGACCUCGGGGAGCUACUGAAUGGGCGUAUAGUAUCUGAUAAUUUUUCUAGUCUAGAGCUGGAUGAGAACCUGCUCCGUUCUGCUACCUUGUCUAACUCACCUACACCCCUGGCAGGGCAGAUCCAGGGGCAGUUUUCUGCCCCUGCCAGUGUUGGCCUUACUUCUGCCACUCUGAUCAGCCAGAGUGCACUUGGGGAGAGAGCCUUCCCAGGACAGUUUCAUGGACUUCAUGAUGGCAGCCAUGCCUCGCAGAGGCCACAUCCUGCCCAGCUGCUGAGCAAGGCAGAUGACCUAAUCACCUCACGACAGCAAUACAGCAGUGAUCAUUCACACUCCUCGCCCCAUGGAAGCCAUUAUGACAGCGAGCACGUGCCGUCUCCCUACAGUGACCAUAUCACCUCUCCCCAUACAACAUCGUACUCUGGUGAUACUAUGGCAGCUACCUUUUCGGCAGAGAUGCCCAUCAUGACACAGCACUUGCUCCCAACCCAACUCGAGGUGCCACUUGGAGGAGUGGUCAACCCCAGAACUCACUGGGGUAAUCUCCCUGUCAACCUUGGAGAUCCCUCUCCCUUUAGCAACCUUCUCGGCGCAGAUGGACAUCUUCUUUCCACCUCCCUAUCCACACCACCCACCACGUCGAACUCAGAGACCACACAGCCUGCCUUCGCCACUGUGACCCCCAGCAGCUCCAGCGUGCUUCCGGGGUUACCGCAGACCAGCUUCAGUGGCAUGGGGCCUUCCGCUGAACUCAUGGCCUCCACCUCUCCGAAGCAGCAACUCCCUCAGUUCAGCGCAGCCUUCGGCCACCAGCUGAGUUCUCACAGUGGCAUUCCUAAGGACCUGCAGCCCAGCCACAGCUCCAUAGCCCCUCCUACAGGCUUCACAGUAACAGGUGCCACGGCGACAAGUACCAAUAACGCAUCUCCCUUCCCUUCUCCCAACUGAGUGCACCUGUGCGGGCAGGAAGGUGGGGAACGUGCUUGUUAUCUUUGUUUCCUCCUUUGCCCCUCCCACCCUUUUCCUAAAGAAGAUUUAAAAAGAGAUGGAUGGGGAUCAGAGGGGCUCCCCGUUCCAGUCCAACAUGUGGCCGUGCAGUGGACCUCACUUCAGUGUUCACAUGUGCUCCUUAGCACUGGUGCUCAUUCCCUCCUGGCAGGUCCUCUCGGCUGGUGGUUUCCGUGUGGUUCAGCACAGUGACUGGAUAGGAUGGAUUUUCUUGCAGCAAGUCCUAGAAGUGGAAGAUACCUCAGAUUACCAGUGCCCUUUACUAUUUCCUAGUGUGCAGAUCCGUGCUUUCCAUUCUGUAGCCAGGUUUUUACAUAGGUGGCUCUCCAGAGAAUGAUCCUGUUCACUGAGUUCCCGUGUAGGAGGUAGUGGGUGGUGUGGAGGCAGCAACUGCCAAACACCACAGGGAGGCCAGGAUGCCAUUCCUAAUUUGUGAUAUGGUUAAGAAGAGAAAAAGAUGUCCUUGACUGCCUGUAUGUGUGCACCCAUGUGUGUGUUUUGUGCAGUGCAGGAAGUAACUGUCCCAUUGCUUUGUUGUUUGUUUACCCCUGGAAUGAGCAUAAGGCUCUGUUCUUUCCUACAUCUCACGCCACCCUACUAAGGUUGGUCAUGCUUUCCCACCGAGUUCAUUCAAGUUUCCUAACUAGGGAGGGUCUGGUCAUGUGAAUAAAUAGCACAACCCUUUUCUGCUCAAAGGUAGUUGUGAAGAAAGGAGACAGGAGAAGCUGCAGUCAUGUCCCUGCCUGGGAAUGCCAUGGGAAGCUUGCCUGCGGUGACCUUGGGGCUCCCGAGGUUUGGGGGUCUCCAGGUUGUUUUGCCUUUUCAGAUGUGCAUUCAUUUCUGUGUCUCUUGUUCAUGGAACACAUUGGCAAGAUGUAACUGAAGACAUUAUUUUGAUGUGAAAAAAGCAGGAUAGGUCAGAUAGGUUUGAAAGAUGAAAUCUGUGAACUCCUUGUCCAUCUUUUGCAUUCAAAGUUCAUGUUUACAGUAGUGAUUCUUUGGUAAGACUUGUAAAAUGUUGAAGACACUUGUAGAUGCUGUGUGCCAGUUGUCAAGUGAUGUGUAAAUCUGAAGGACACACAUUUUAAAAUUUCUCUCAAAGCAGAAUGUGGAAAUCAACAUUUUACUUACCUUUGGUAUUUUUUUAAAAGAAUCUAAGUUAGGCUUAAGUCAAUUUGGAAAUGGUUUUGGAAAAGAAUUAUUUUAAAGAAUCAGGAUUUUAGGGUUCAAAAUCCUAUUGGGAGUUUAGUAAGCUGAUGGCUAUGAAAUAAUACAUGAGGUUUCUUCCUGUCUGCCUUGCCUGCACAAGAAGAAUUGAGCUAGAUUUUAAAGACAUCUCUGCUCUGCUUUUCUUGAGAAGUUCACUGUCGUGUAAAAUACCAUUAGCUGGCUAUUCAUACCUGAGUCUGUUCUAAUUUAAAUAUGUGUUCUAAAAGAUGAGUAAACAAUGUGGUAUAGUAACACGUUUGUCAGGGAUGACUUGCUCUCAAUUCCUUUCUAAUAGGUAAAGGUUUGGAUGCUUUUCCAUUUCUCAUAUGUAUUCUUUAUGCUCAUGCUAGUUGUAGCCAGUUCCUUCUUUUGAAAGGUUUUCUCCUCUGCUUUUUAAAGGAAUGAUGGUAAUCGGCAGGCACUAUGCAGAUACCUCGUGCCUAAAAUAUUGGAGGGAAUGUCACAUGACUGUAUGAAAUCAUAAUACUCCCUAUUUUGUAUUUAUUGAAGUUUUUUUGGGGGGUGGGCCAAAAAUAUGUUUGUAAUAUAUUUACUUUUUUUUAAAUUAUGACAGUUAAUUGGAAGAUUUAUUUUUAAUAGCUUUGCCUUUUGCAGAUUGAUAAAUUUCUAAAUUAUGUCACAAAGCAAAAUUAUAUUUGGUAUCACCGUAAAUUUCUAUUCUGAAUAGUAAAAACAGAUCAUUUGAAUAUAUCUCACCUGUGAACCUUUGUCAGUAAAAUGAUGAUGAGUAGUUGCCUCUGCUCUAGUGUCCUUUCCUUUGCUGAGCUGCAUUCCCAGUGAUUUUGUUUUGUUUCCAUUGUGUACUAAUUAAAGGUUGUAGCAGAGCAGCACAUGCACCUCCUAAUAAGCUCUUCUUUGACAGCGAAGGGAAGGUCAUGGGUAGUUUAUUUGAACUUUUUCUCGGUAUUUGUCUCUCACGUUAGCUGUUUAAAAUUCUUUAGGUGUCAAAAAACUGAGUUUGCAGUAAGUUGCACAUUUUAUUGUUUGCAAUUUUCUGUUUUAUGUGCAUUUAAAAGCCCUUCUCUGCUUUCUAGUAAGGAGGCAUGAAGUGAUCAGGAAUGUUGCCAGUUACAGCUUCACACCAAAAAUGUUGAUUAAAUUCCUUUUGUUUAGAUGCCUGUGAUGACAGUUGAGCAAGGGGCCAUCUUAGGAAGUACCAGCCAGCCUAGGGUUGAGGAAUUGGCAGAAACAUGCUUUCCUCGGUUCAUCUGCUUCGGGACAAGUAUCCAAACUUGCAGUUUGCUCUGCCCUUGCUGUUCCUGUGAGUCAUUGUUGGAAGAAAGAAGAAACACUUUAUAAACCCAGAGAUACCAUUAUGUUUUUCUUCCAGUUAUUGGGGCAGUUCUGGUCUGUUAGUAUUGAGUGGGCUAUUAUCUGCAAAGAAAGGAAUAAAGUAUAUUUUACUCCAAAAAUAUUAAAAUUAGUCUUUUAAAAUAGCACUUAUGUUAUUAUAAGGCAAUACUGGAAUCAAAAGCAAAUCUUGUAUAAGGUCCUAAUACUAGUGAAAACUAGUUUCCAUUCUAGUGUUGAGUAUGUGAGAAACAAUGGCAGAGAAGGUUCACUCUGUUACUGCAGUUCUUUGGGACCAUAGAUAAAGGCCAGUGAGAUCAUGUUACUGUGAUUUAAUUUUAAAAGUUGCUACAGUUAACAGAUGUUUUCUGUGCUCUUAGGAUCUGAUAUUUGUAGACUGUGAUUGAUAGCAUCCGAAGAAAAGAUGGGCUUUCUCUCCCUUAACUGUCAAUGAUAUUUUAAUAAAAGUACUUAAGAAAUUGUUUUGCCCUCUGUACAAAUGGUUUAGCAAUUCUCACUUCUGAAUACAUCUAUCUAGCUAGUAAACAAUUCAGGAAAUAGCAAUUACACUUAACCUACUAAGUGACAGGCUAUGCAAUGGAAAUAUUUCUACUUAUCAUCGCAAAGCUUAUACAGCAAAAUAUUAUUUUCUCUAAUAAGCCCAGAGAGCACACUUGCUUUAUAAAUGACUUCCUGAGCAGUUCUAUGUUGGCAGAAACUGUAGUGUAUCUGGUAUUCUCCUUUGAGACUACUAUUUUACAAAAAGCAUAUAGUAGGCAUCAAGUUGGAAAGUGAUUUAUUUUCCUUAAAUUUGACCUUAUCAAUUUUAUGAUUAGAGACUAAAUAAAGCUAAUACUUUAGCUUUGCCAAAUAGCUGUAAGAUUUUCUUUCCUUUUUUUGGUGGUACUGGGGUUUGAACUCAGGGCCUUGCGCUUGCCGUCAGGUGCUCUACCAUUUGAACCAUGCCUCCAGCCCUGUAUUUAUAUAAGUCAGCUUAAUCUUUCGCCUAGAAGUUAGGGAAAUGAUCAUAUUCUGUACCUUAUACAAAGGCUUUGCUUUAACAGAGCUUGUCCUCAAUCCAUGACUACCAUCCGUAUGAAAUCCAUAUGAAAAAGAUAGUUCUUUCUCUAGGAAGGGCCUCGGAUCCAUGCUGCUCACGUUUGCAUCGUCCAGAGAGUCUUUUUAUUUUUACUUCUGUUGACCUGUGGCAUGGACUUCCAUUAAUUUGGCACGAGAAUUAGAGCACAUGGAGGUGAAUCACUGUUGUCAGUUCAUUGGUCCUGCCUGCCCUCUCUCCUGUGCUCUGGCAUCCGAGAGGAUGGUUGAUGGGCUUCCUUAGAAUGUCUGGAGGAGAGUGAUGCCUUUUCUCUAACUUCAAAAGCUUCAAAAAGUUGUUGUGGGUAGAUAUUGCAAAACCAGAAGCAUAUUAACACUAAUUAUUUAAGGGAUUUGAGAUUCAUUAAAACAUUGUAGAUGUCAAGCUUCCAGCUUUUUCAUCCUUUCUUUUUAGCCUUUUGACUUUUUAAUAAUUAAGUUAUAUUCUUGAUUUGUUCUGUAUAGAAUAAUAGAAUGGGUUGCUGGAUGGCCAACAGAACCUUCCAAUUUAAGGAGACAGUUUAGAGAAUUCCUGGAAAGAAGAUGUAGUCAUUCUGAAUAGUCUUCAUUUGAAUCUCUGUCAUCACAAAUACAUUGUUCUAAGGAUUUUUUCCUAAUAAAUAUAUCAUAGGGUAUUUAUAUAUAUUUUCAUUAACUCAUGAAUGACUAUAGAUGUUUUCCCCCUUCAAUAAACUAAAAAUCAUGGGAUCUUCACUGACAUUCUGUAGAAAAGUAAAGUAAUUUAAUGAUAGCUUAAUAUUUUGAUCUUUUAAAGCUUUCCUCUAUCUUAAUUGGAGAGAACUAAAAUCAUGUUGAGUAGGUUAAAGUAACAUUUUAAAUUGUCUUCAAAAGCUUUGUAAUAGACUACCUGUGAAGAACAUAUGUAUAUUUAAGCAUUUCCCCCACAAUAGUUAGGAGAGAAAAUACACAACAUGUAUGAACAGUUAGGUCUCGUCUAAUAACCCAGUGUCAUUACUGCUACAGUUGUGGGUCCUAGGGACCCUUUUAUGUUUAGUUAGCUUUCCCCUCGGCACUGUGAUACAGAGCUAAUGAAGGAGAUGUGGCGUUCAGAGAGGGAGCACAUUUGAUACAACUUGAUCUUCUGCUCCUGAAUAUCAGAAAUGUUUGGGUAGUUUGAAGAGCAUCCAUCUAAAAAGGCAUUUGAGCAAUCUCAAGGUUAGUUUUUCUAAGAGAAAGAUCAAUCUGACUUGUAGUGAGCUCCUGGCAGCACAGUCUCCUUCCCUCCUCUCUGCCAGCCUGUUCCUGUCCACCCAGUGCUGAGGUACGCAUGAGCACACAAUGGUCUGUACUGACUUGGGCUGUAGUAACAGAAUCCCCUGUGCUCACUUGUUUGUUUAAAGCUGGGGACCACUGAAGUAAGCUCUGUAUGCACCCAGAGUUCCCCAUGGAAAACUUUGCAGUGUGCAGUGCAGAAGGCUCCAGUGCAGACAAAGGCCGCCACACCAUUUCUUUUUCUUGGGGAACAUACCCAUUUCCCCAGAAUGACUCCAGCCAACCCCCUGGUGAAGGUACAGUUGGUUCCAGUGCAUGUUAGUGUGAACAUGGUGGGAAGCUUCACCUUGAUGACAUUGUUUGCAUUCUUUCCUCUCAGCAGUGAUAACUCUUCACUGUCUAGUAUUGAGUAUGUCUCAGGGAUUCCUUGCGGAAAUUAGGGCAGUUUUUAAAUUAAAAAAAAAAAAGUUUUCAAAGAAACUAAAGGUGACUCACUCAUCAUUGAAGAGAGCGCAAGAAAGAAAACAUUUUGGUUUCAUAGCCCGCGGUGUCUCACCUAGGACUUUCUUCCUUUCUACUUCAGGCUCUCAUCUCAGCUUCAGUGUGCAGAAUCCUUUCCCAUCACGCACAGCUUUAAAACUUUUAUUUAAGAUUUCCUUCCCCAAUGAGCUUUCAGAAUUCUUAUUGUAGAUUUUAAGAGAAAAGGUAUAUUAAUUUAUGCUAUUAACAUCACCUCAUAAAUUAUGUUUUAUACUAAAGCUGUAUUGAGUGUAAUGAAUUAUGUUGCCUAUGUGUUUUAAUAGCUAAAAAAAUAUAUAUGAGCUUUUUUUUGUUUGUUUUGCUUUUUUUUUUUAACAAAACAAACUAGUGAAGCACCUUUUUACACUGGAUCUCUGCCGUGUCAAGGUGCAUAGCUAUCCUUUGCUACCUUGCAGAUAUAUAAAAGGAUAUCCUGGGGCCUCAAAAUGUAGAACACCUUUAGACCAUUUAUUAUUGUCCAUAGAACUGUUGAGAAUCAUGUUCUUUAGUAAAUGAUCUGUGGUUUACACUUAAGAUGGCUAGAAGCUUAGUUACAGGGUAAGUAGAAGUACAUAGAUCAAGUAAAACUCCAACUACUGUAGCUGGAAUUUGUAAACUAAGUUUUUAAGACCUUUUAUUUCCUAUGGAUUUAUUCUUUAAUUUACAGUUUAUUCUGUAAGUUGGGAAGUAAAAUAGAGAAAAUAAUAAGUCUAGAUGUUCUCAGUGUCUUAUUCAGGAACUUUUUUAUCCCUCCUCACUAAGGAAUUCCCACUGUGACUUAAAAAUAGAAUUAAAUUACUUGUGUGCAUGUAGAUGUCUGUUUUUUAUAUACACAUGCAAAAAUAUACAUUGAGGGCACGUGUGUGAGAGAUAUGAAUGUGUGCUUAUGUAAAAGUAGAGGAAUGGGACCGAAUGUAUUGUAGAAAUAUGAUUUAUCUAGUUAAGGACAUGAGAGUUUCUUUCUCAUAGUCUCUUGUAUAAAUACACCAAAUUCUUCAUAGCAUCAUAUUAAAAGGCUAGUUCUGAUAUCAUGUGCAUUUCAUUUUAAUCUUUGGGUUAACUGAUGCUGUUUUUAAAGUGGCAUGAAAAAAUAGCAGAUUCUAAGACCAGCCUCUCCAUUUUGAGCAUAAAAAUGGGAGUGGGAGAGAGAGACAGAACAAACAGAUCCAGACAGGAGCUGUGCUUUUCCAUUGGGGUGAUGGGACCAGAGAUCUGUUGACCCUUUUUUAUGCUAGUGAUAUUCUUCAUACUUUAAAUAGUAAGUGCUGUUGAUCUUGGUAAAGGUAAGAAAAGUUAUAGGCCUUUUAUAAAGAAACUUUGAAGGGGCUGCUUUGUUUAAGGAGUUGGUGGGAUCAUUUCACCAUGCAUAUUUCAAAGUUGAGCUGAUGUCAGUUAUCUCCAAAAACAUUAGUUAUAAAGUUAAAAUGCUCCUGCUCCCAUCUUUUGGCUAUAGGAAAAAUUAGGCUACCCUUAACUUUGACCCAAUUCAUGUGGAAUUUAAAACAAAACAAAACAUUCCUAUUUUGAGUUUCAAGUUGCCAUUUUGCCCUAUCUGCAUUACUGGAUUAUCUGGUGGUUUAAAAAUAGUCAAAUUAGGAUUAAGUGCUCUAAUCACAUUUAUUUUAAAUAUAAAAACCAUAUGUUUUGAUAUGUCAGAACAUCUGGUAAUACAUCUGAAUUUGUACUUGUCUCUGAGGUCUCAUUACUGCAUUUUAGGUAUAGUCAACACCUAGGAAAGCUUUGUAUGUUGUUCCUUUUUAUACUUGUUUUUUGAAGCACCGCCCAAUUUCAUUUACUUUUGCUUUUGGGUUUUAAGAAAUCUGCAUAUUUCUUGUACAUAUGCAUGCAAAUGAAAGAAGGGAGUCUGUAUUGGUGCCAUUUCUCCCUUCAGUGGCUGGUUAGUGGGAUUUGCUAGAAUAUAUUCCCCCUGAUUGGAGGGUGAAAACAGACCCCUUUGUGUAAAUCUGUACAGAGAUGUGUAUAUGGGAUGUGGUGGCACUUUGCUGAAUGUGAACUUGCCUUGUCAAUGGAAAGAUUGAAAAGUAUUAUGUUUAUUUAUACAUUUGUAUAAAUCUAUAUAUACACGUAUGCAUAUGUGUGUGUAUAGAUAAAGCUAUAUACAUAUAUUUCCCUAAAAAUGUGUGUGUAAUAGGGAAACAACCUUUGUUAAGCAAGAUUAUAUGCCUAUGGAAAAUUCUAGAUUCUUCUGUAAGCAGAGGUGAGGGUCUAGAGUACAUCAUUGGAGCAUACUGCAAGCCCUUUACAUUAUCCUAUUUACUGCUAUCAUAAAUGAACACCUGUCUAUUCUUACCUAUCAGUUCUACUACUGUCAAUCUCCACUACCCUCUAUGAUCACUAUCUCAUCACUUAAACAAAAGCAAAAACAUCACUGCAGUUUUUCCUUUGUUUUGAGAUGCUGGGGAUCAAACCCAGGGCCUUGUACACUUGGGCGAAGUAGUCUACUGCUGAGCUCCACCACCAGCACUGUAUUAUAUAUAUAUAUAUAUUUGCACCUAUUAUGCUUUCAAUCUAGAAGUAUUUGGCUUAAAGGAUAGCAUUUCAUUAACUCUUCAGUUGUUUCUUCUAAAGAUGUUUGUCUCUGAAAUUUUCCCAGAAAACAUGUUUCAGUAAUUUUAUAAUUAUCUUGAAAAUUGGGUAGUAAUUUGAAGCAAACAAAAUACUAACAUACAAACUAUUAAUUUUGAAAGUUUUUUUUUCCCAAUUUCUGGACAUUUUACUUAGAUUGAAAAGAACAUAUAAUUGGAAUUAGGAUUUUGUGACUGAUAGCGUUAGGUUGAUUUCCACACUUAUUGCCAUUAAAUUCUCACGUAGCUUGACUUGUUCUGUGGUUGAACCAAAUUUACUGUUAAUGGAAAGCAUACAAAGUCACACGGAAGCCUCUUGAAUCUUGUAACUGAUUCAUUUUAGUCAUAAUGAAACUAGUUCUCAUGAAAUGAAUUCUGCUAUAUGUUAUUUUGACUUUUCUCAGUUGUGAGUUUUAACUUUGCUGCAGCUCUAGAAAACUUGCAUCCCUAUAUAUUGUGCCUUUAAAGCUCUUAUGCACACACAGACAAAAGUGUAUAUAUACACGUUACAACAUGUGUACAUAUACUUUUUGUAUAUGCUCACACAGUAUGUUUCCCAUAUAUAUUGUGAGAGUGGACAUACAGAUACUCAAAGGCAAUGAAAGGUUGCCCUCUAGAUAUCUAUGUAUAUAAAUAGUGUUGAUAUACCUGUAUAUACACAUGUAUAUGGAUGAGUUCUAAAUGGCAAUCUUUUACAUUUAGCAAAAUGCCGCCCCCUACUGGAAUAUUCACUGCAGCAGCAGUUGUAUGUAAUGAUUUAAAGAUACAUUAUCAAAAUUUAUUUAAAGAACAUGUAAAAGUGUCAUCUAAAGACAUCCACACAUUAUUUAUUUAUCUUUCUUUUCCUUUUAUUGUUACGUUUGUUUAACUGAAAGGGAGACUCAUUUUUUUUAAUGCCAUUUGUGAGGAACAGAUUCAUUGAGGAAUUUUUUUCACAUUUUUUUCCUCCCUGAAAUGGAUAUGCCACCACCCAGCCAUAAAACAACCUAAAUACUUCCAUUAGUGAGUGUCAUCCACUAUCUUCUCAACCCAAGUAAUUCACCAAUUUGCCUCUUCCUUUCAUUAAUAAAUAAUGAUUACGGAGAUCAUUUUGCCUGGGGGAAGUUAACUACUCUCUUGCUGCAGGGAAAUAUAUCACCUAAUUGUUAUUCUGCCUUGUUCAAAAUUCAGCUUUGAAAGAAGACAGCUCUCAUGAAGCUGUCUUACGCACAUUUUGCAUUUAUUUAGUUAAAGGUCUUCCUGAUCAUUUUUUAAAAGACAAUUUCAAGUUGCAUGUACUUGACAAAGGUUUAAUUCUUAUUCCCUGGAGUUUCAGGUGAUUUUCAUUAGUAUAUCAGUUUGACAUGAUGGAUGCUUGGAUUUGACUUUAUGAUGAGUUGGCAGCAGAUUGCAUCUGAGGAACUUGGCAGCAAGAGGAAAUAGAUGGACUACCCUAAAUUGUAGGAUGGUAGGGGGAACCAUGGAAUGAGGGUAGCCCUGAAGGCUAAAACAGAGGCUAGGGUUAGAAUGGUUUUACUCAGCAACUUAGCUGGAACUUGAUAUCAGAAGCAGCCUUUUACAAAAAGCCUUUAGCAAUUCUGUGGAACUAGCUAGAGUACUAAAGUGUAAGUUGAAACCAAGUUACAGUGGGAAACCGAAGGUGAGGUAGCUUAUUGGGAACCAGUAAAUGACAGGCAGGUUGGACAGUUUUGAAAUGUCUUCUAACAAAGUAACUGCACGGUAGCAAGGACUAGCAGCUCUCAAAGCCCUUCUUUUUUCAGUGUUCUCAUUCACUUUGGCACGAAAGUGUGUUGAAUACAUGCCAUACAUUAAAAAUACUAGUUGCUUAAAGGAAACUUACAAACCAACACUCUUCUCCUCUGUUUGUUCAUAGUUUAGUUAUAUGCACAAAAACUGGGAGCCACUUGUUUCUGCACAGACAGUGGAAAGAGGUGGUGGGCAGGCUUUGGUAGGAGCCCCAUAUCUGGUGGGAAAACCUUCCCUAUCUAUGGCAUUGGGUGUGGUGUUUGUUGCUAGGAAAAA